AUGAGUUCUAAUAAAGGUGAUGUAUCAAGAUGUGCUGAGUCGGAUGUUAUAAAUAAUAAGAUAGUAAAACGUUAUGAACAAUUAGAUGGUGAGAAAUGGUCAACAUGUCGAUAUUCAGGUGAAUUAUCAAUAAUAAGUCGUAAAAAAGUUGUCCGAUUAAGAUCAGCUAUUGUUGAAUUUAGUUUUAUGCUUUUAUCAAAAAUUCUUAGUCUUAAUAAAGUACAAACAAACUUUGUUUCAUCGAUUUACAGAUCCUAA